GAAAGGACAAUGAGAGGUAAGGACCCAGUCGAGCAGAGGAGAGCUAGGGGUGAAAUAUCUUGCGCCGAGUGCCGCAGACAUAAACUAAAAUGCGAUAAGGCGAUUCCUUGCAGUUCUUGCGUCCGGAAAGGAUGUCAAUCUAUAUGCCCAAACGGAACUCUCGCACCUGGUCAGGGCUCUCGGCUUGGCGCUGCAGAAGCUGGUGCAUUCAAAGACAAGAUCUCGACUAUGGCAAAGCGAAUACAACAACUCGAAGAUGCGCUUCAAAUAUCGCACAGCUCCGUCUUUUCUUCGCAGCACCCGCUGCUUGCAGAAGACCUUCUAGCAAUAAAAAAUGCCACCACCCAGCAAGGUCCGCCGGAGAAGGAGGACCUUGUCGGGGUGGACUUUCUAGACCAUUUUGGAACAUUGACGGUUACCGACAAAGGGACGGAGACAUACGUUGGGGGCGCCGACGCACUACUUAUUCGACAUCUGGGUGUGCCAGACAUGUUGUCGAUGAUGGACUCGAGUUUGAAACUCCCAGCGUCUGUCUCAUACCUCAGCAGGACGUUCCCGUUCACUCCACUCUUCUUACCCGCACAGGAAAUACAGGCAUAUAUUGAAGAGAAACUUCCCUCGUAUCUCCGCGCAUCUUCCCUCGUUGAAGCCUACCUCGAAAAUCUAUCAUGGUUCUUCCGACCAGUAGAUCGCGAACAAAUUACCGAAGAGCUAAUUCCUGAUAUCUAUCGACGGCGGCGACAGACUCCCGGCUCAGAUCAAAGUAGCCCUGGUUCAUCUGAGAGUAGCGUAUCGAGCGCCUCAUCUGCGAUAGACCCACAUGCUCUGGCACUGCUGCUUGCUGUCUUCGCAUGCGGCGCAACAGCAGAUCUAACGCUUCCUCCGUGGAACGACGAAGCAGAUUUGUACUAUCACCUCGCUCGAACGGCGCUUAGUCUCAAGCCCGUUUUCGAAGGUGCUAGUCUUCACGCCGUUCAAGCGAUAGCUCUGUUAGGUUCAUAUGAAUUAUUUUCGUGUCGCAAGGGAGAUCUUGAGGGGACAUGGAAAAUGAUGUCGUUCGCUCUGUCACUUGCAGCAAGUAUCGGUCUAAACCGUGAUCCGGCUCACUUCAACCUUUCGCCGAAACUCAUUCAACGAAGGAGACGUGUGUUCUGGGAACUAUAUUCGGUUGACGUGUGGAAAAGUCUUGGUCCCGGACGACCUGCAACAUUCAGCCCUGCUGUCGUUGAUUGUGAAUUCCCGGACGAUUCGGACGUUGUUAAUACGCAGUGUGAGGCAGAGGGAGAAGAUUCAAUAUGGAGGCUGCGUCAUAGAUAUGUCAAAGAGAUAUUGACUGACGUUGUUAGUAAGCUCGGUACGCUUCGCCCUGUAAAGUACUCCGAAAUAUUGGCUUUGGACCAGAGGAUACGUGCAUUUGGUCCGAGUAAAGGUCCAAUACUCUCAUACCCGCAGGGAUAUGAUAGUACAGGAAUGCGAGGAUUAUGUUGCGCUGAGAUUAAUCUCCUUAGAGACAUGGUUCUAAUGCUUAUUCAUCGCCAUUUCUUUGCUCGUGCGUUGAUCGAACAUCCAGAUAAUCCAAUGCGCUCUCAAUUCGCGCCGUCAUUCCUCUCCACGUAUCGCAGCGCGACAACGUUGCUACGUGUUACUCGCACUCAGUUCGACUUAAACCCACACUGCGUUAUGCGGGUCUGGCCUAUCUGGGCUCACGCAUUACACGGAGCCACGAUGCUCGGCUCCAUUGCUGCAAAUGGAUCGGAGUCCGCACUUGCACCGCAGGCAUAUGUGGAGUUCAACCUCGCCGUUGAGAUGUUCCUAAAAGCACAGGUACAUCCUUUCGUCAAAAGUGCAUUGGCUAUUUUACUCACCCUGCGAGAACAAGCACAACAAGCACUGUUGAGACACGGGCAUCUCGUCCCAUCACAGAUCAUCUCUAGCCCUGCCUUCAGCUCAGGUUCUGAAGAAGAAAACAAAGAGUUUCCUAGUGAUGGAAAGAAGGCCUUAGGAAAUUUUAAAGCUGAUUCCGCUCCUGAACCAAUACAUCGGGUUAAUAUCUUGCAAGAUCCGGAGAUUGCUGCGAAGUCGCCGCCUUCGCGCUCGUCUCCAUCGUUUGUAUCCGGGCCAUCAAUUACCGGUGUGAAUGCGCAGCACUCACAGGAACACUCUGGCGCCUUGGCCUUCGGAACAAUUACAGAACAGACGUGGACCGCGGAUAGGACAAACACAACGCAGAACAAGCGCGACAGUUCGGGAUAUCAACACCCUGAUCAGACUGGUCGUGUUGAUGCUUCUAACCGAGAACGCGAACCAAAUACGAGCGCAUUUACUAGCGGUUCGCUCAUGCAAGUUGACCAAACUACCUACAAUCCAACGAAUUUGCGAGAGCAGGCUUUUAGCCCUUCCCAAUUCUCUUCCAUUAGAUCACCCAGUGGAUUGGAUGUGUUCAGCGCGUUCACCAACUUUCCUGACAUGCUCGUCGACAAUGUCGGCCCGUCAAACUCAGCCUCUCCUUCGACGUUUCCGCCUGCACAACCACCAACUCACGUUCAACCUCGUCAAAAUCCUACUGUGCAACCUCGACAACCAACAUUCGGCGACCCCCUAGUCUACGACACCUCCGCCUCCUUUCCCUUUCCAAACACAGUCAACCUCCCGCCCUUUCCUCGCCUCUCGCCACAGAGCGCAUUCACCUCCGACUUCGAUGUAAGCUUCGACAUGCGUUCCUCAACAGGCGAAGAGAGUGUAUUGCCAAUGUUACCUGAGGAUAUGGAGGCGUGGCGGAGUUUGUUCCAGGACUCGAGGUUCUUUGGGAUAGUGGGGAACGCGAGCGAGACUAGUGGUAUUUGUGUCGGUGAAAGUGCUGGCGUGACAGGUGGAGGUGGUGAAACUUAACACUGCUGGUCGGACGGCGUAGGAUGUGCGGAGGUUUUGCACAAUAUGAAUGUCUCAAUUUUGAUUUCUGCACCUAAUUCGGGUCCGUCAUUUUGUGAUUUACCCUUCGGUUCUGAUUUUUUGUCGUAAGAUUUCUUUUCGGCCUCUGCCUUCCUUUCAACAGAGGGCGUUUAUUUCUCCGUCUUGGUUUAAUUUGUAGUCUGACCUCUGGUGGUUUCAAUGAGCUUUCUAUAUUUUUGCUUUGGCUUGCAUGUGUAUGUACGAUAUGAGCGUAGCUAUCACUGUAGCUAUAUCCCAGUUCCGUAUCACUGUUUUUUUCUGUUCACUACAAGUAAUUGGAUAUCGUAACCUCUAACGCC